CCAGUUCAUUGAUGCAAAGCAACAAACCCCCUUCACCUGUGAAGACUACAAGACAGAAAGAAGAGAUUGUCCCAGAAAAAGAGUUUAACUGACAGUUGGGUAUCUUGUUAGCAGGACAGAAAUGAAUAACUCAACGUACAUAAAUUCUUCCAGCAAAAAUGCAAUGGCUUUGGAGAGCCCCUAUAAAACUGUCGAGGUUGUCUUCAUCGUCCUGGUAGCAGGGUCUCUCAGUCUGGUCACCAUAAUUGGGAACAUCCUGGUUAUGGUGUCAAUCAAAGUCAACAGGCAUCUCCAGACUGUCAACAACUAUUUCCUCUUCAGCUUGGCCUGUGCUGACUUGAUCAUCGGCAUCUUCUCAAUGAACCUAUAUACCCUCUACACUGUGAUAGGCUACUGGCCCUUAGGGCCUGUGGUGUGUGACCUCUGGCUGGCUCUUGACUACGUAGUCAGCAACGCCUCUGUAAUGAACCUCCUCAUUAUCAGCUUUGACAGAUACUUUUGUGUCACCAAGCCCCUGACCUAUCCUGUAAAGAGGACCACUAAGAUGGCAGGCAUGAUGAUCGCGGCUGCCUGGGUGCUGUCCUUCAUCCUGUGGGCCCCUGCAAUUCUCUUCUGGCAGUUCAUUGUGGGAGGAAGGACUGUCCCAGAUGGGGAUUGCUACAUCCAGUUUUUUUCCAAUCCUGCCGUCACUUUUGGCACUGCCAUCGCAGCCUUCUAUUUGCCUGUUGUCAUCAUGACUGUCCUUUACUGGGAAAUCUCCCGAGCCAGUAGGAGUCGGAUAAAGAAAGGGAAAAAGGAAGCUGCCCAAAACCAAGAUACAGUUUCCCCCAGCCUCGUCCAAGGUAAAACAGUGAAACCAAACAACAACAACAUCCCAAGCGGUGGGGAUGGAUUGGAGCACAGCAAAAUUCAGAAUGGAAAAACCACUGAAGAGACUGUGACAGAGAACUGUGUUCAAGGGGAGGAGAAGGAAAGCUCCAAUGACUCCACCUCUGUAAGUGUCGUUGCUUCCAACAUCAAAGAGGAUGAAGCUGCCAAAGAUGCCAGCCGAGCUUCUGCUUCCCAAGACAAUCUCAAAGUGGAGAACUCCAAGCUGACAUGCAUCAGGAUAGUCACCAAGUCCCAAAAGGGUGACCCCUGUGCCCCCACCAACACUACCGUGGAGAUUGUAGGCACCAACGGAGAAGAGAAACAGAAUAGCGUAGCUCGGAAAAUUGUCAAGAUGACAAAGCAGCCAGCCAAAAAGAAACCACCUCCUUCUAGAGAGAAAAAAGUGACAAGGACUAUUUUGGCCAUCCUGCUGGCCUUCAUCAUCACCUGGACCCCAUACAAUGUGAUGGUGCUUAUCAACAGCUUCUGCACAUCCUGCAUCCCUGGCACUGUAUGGACCAUAGGUUACUGGCUCUGUUAUAUCAACAGCACUAUCAACCCUGCUUGUUACGCCCUCUGCAAUGCCACUUUUAAGAAGACCUUUAAGCACCUUCUUAUGUGUAAUUACAAGAAUAUAGGAGCUACAAGGUAAAAAUCAUAAUGAAAAUAAUAAUGAGAAAGUUGAAGAAGUUCCAAAAUGAAUUAAAAAAUAUAAAUGCCAUAGCACUUUAUGCUCUUCUAUGGAAUGUGCAAUCCAGGAUGUUAGAAAUACUGAUACGGGGCAUCAGCUCUACCCUUGAGAACUACACUUAGGAACAUUUUUUUAAUUAUUGAAAAUAAAUCUUAAGAAUAUGGCAAUGUUUGAGGGUUUAUUCAAGUCCAUGUACUGGAGGCACAGUUCCUUGAUUUCUGAGACUACUCUGCAGAAGGGCUUUAGAGUCUAUGAUUUUUGUCAUUCUGUGUAAAAUACUUGUUCUUUCCCCCCCUGCUCUCCCUGUUUUGUUUUGGUUUUGUUUUUUUUUCUGUGUGUGUUUAAUAUGUUUUCACCUAGAGGAAAAAAAGAAGGAAAUUUUAACAAUUACUGUGGAAGAGCCAAAGGAGUUUGGAAGAUUUUACAUAAUCUGAAUGUAUCAUGGUAGAAAGUUCUAAUACUCACAGCUGUGUAAAGCUUUAUUGUCAUUGUCAUGUAAGAACCUUAAUGUUAGGAAAAUCAUGAUGAAAGUGAUUCUGUGUUGUUUAUGACACUAUCAUUUCUAAAACUGCAUCAUGUUCUGAAAGUGUACUUAUGCUCAACAUGUAACCAUUGCCUAACCUGUGUAUCAUUCAAGGUCUGCCACUUGUGCCCUUUUUGGAGGUUUUGUUCCGUGAUUCCUUCAUCACAUCAAGAUGAAAAAAAUGGUGGUCUAUUCCAGAUUGCUACAUCCCAAGAGUAUUUCAGCAUCUGUGUAAAACAAAGCUUUUCAAAUAAUUUUGUUUACUUUGUUUGUCAUAGAAUGUACACCUGUGGAUUUGUGGUUUAUCACCAUCAAUUUUUUCUUCCUUUUUGUACCUUACUUGUCCAGGGCAUUAAGACUGAAUAUCAAGACAAGUUGUAAAUUCAAAGGUCUCAUCCAGUCAGCCAGUAUGAUGGCCAAACAGAGGGUUUCAGUUGAAGAAUAGAGACAAGGUUAUUACUUGAAAAGUUGAGGUUACAUCCUUUUCAAGUUGGUUGUACAAAUGAAGAGGCAUUCUGAGCCUCCACAGAAUUGCUGCUUAAUAUUAUAUGACCAUACUCCAGACAAAGCAGAAGAUGACUCAGAGUCAUUUACUAAGGAAAAGAAUAAGAUGGAUUGACAUGCCCAUGAGGAUCAAGCUCUGCCUAAGCCCUUAGUGUUAAACUGAGGUCGUUCCUGGACAAGAUGUUUACUUUGUGGAAAAGGUUUUGUCUACAUUCCCUUUUGUGCCAUCUGGCAGCAAUGUUUUGACAGUAAGCCAAGGUAUAACACCUAGGAAAACAGUGAUUACACAAAAACAGAUACUGUCUAGAUGGAGGACUGGCAGGGGUCAAGUUCAGAUAUUAUGUGAUACUCCACACCAGCUCAAAUUUGGAUUUUUUCUGGAAAAGAAAUUUACUAUUCAAUAUUUGAUAUUUACUGUAGCACACCUGAGCACUGUGUGGGAAGGAUAAAGUGUAUCAGGUUGCUGAAAACAGUAGUUGGCUGUGACAUGGAUAUUCUGUUUACCUCCUUCUUAGUACCUCUAACUUCCAAGCAGUAGUCAAGGUAUACCUACAGAUUUUGUUAUCCAGAAAAGCAGCUCUUUUAUCCAGAAAAACAGUGUCCUGAGACACUGCCUUCAAGAGUGAAAGCCACUGACCAAAUAGGACACAAAUUGUUCUGUUAUUUCAAGCUACCACAUUAGAGUCUCCCAAUGUGCACUUCAAAAUAGCAGCCUUCAAGAUUACAAGGAAAUUAAUCUUCCAGACUUAAAUUUUACAUUUGACAAGCUUAUUGGAACACAGUGUCAAAGCACUUUGGCAAUAUGACAAUUUUCGUGUUUCAAAGUAUGAGUUCCUAGCAGAAAGUGUAAAUGAGGAGGAUUAAACUGCAGUAAAUUAAGGCCACAUUAAACUCAGGAUUAAUGUUCCUUAAUAUGCAUUCAUUGAUUUUAUACCCCUAGUGGUUUCAUCCUAAUAUAGCAAAGUGUCUCCAUGCAGCUGAGGAUCUAAUUUUGCAACCCUCACUUGCCUUGAGUCAUAUUUACUAUCACUAUUUUUAUCUUCCUGCUUGUAAGGAAGAAUAAGUCAAUGAUAAGUCUUACAAAACUGAUUGCAGCUUGUCUUUCAAAACUAUAUUCACCAGACUUAUCUUGGCAGGCUAAAGGAAAGACCUACAUGGUCAUUUCUAGAUCACUCUUUCUCUUACAGUGUUAAUAAAAUCCAGAUAAAAACCAAGGAUAAAAGGAAAUCUGCUCAUUUUCUAAAUCUUACUUCUUUACAAAAAUGUCAUAAAAGAAAUGCACCUGCUUCUUUAUUUCAGCAGGUGCUGUGGGUACCAAUAGUACAGGUACUCAAAUGGGGAAAUAAUGGUUUGUGUACUCUUAUUUAAUUAUUCUUUUGAAUCCAGUUUUCCAGAAAGUGUGCAAAUAUUUUAUUGUGACAUUUGAAGCUGUCACUUGUUCAUAAAUUAUGAACUCCCUUAGCAGAUAAGUACACCUCUGCAGGUUAAGAAGUACAAAGUAGAGGUUAAAAUUAUACUUUUUCAUCAUGUGUGAUGA